GAUAAUUUAAAUAUUAAUGGUACUCUACUUUUAAAUACUAAUGUUCUUCGCCUUAGGUAUGAUGCCAUCACCAAAAUAAAUUGAUAGAGGUGAAAAAACUGUUGAAAUAAAAAAAAUUUGCUCCCUUAAAUUUUCAACUCCUGAUAAAUUUCCUGAACACAUAAUAAAAUUAUUGCUUCAUUAUCAUGAAUUAAUAACAUAUGAUGAGGAUUGUGAUUUUGAGGAAUCUAUUCAGAAUACUAAUAUAAAAAUUGAAGGAGCUUUGAAAUUUGAGAUUAGUAUAAAAAACUAAGAGCAAUUAUAUUGGGUUACAAGUACAAAAGAAGAAGCUUAUGAGCUGUAAAUAGAUGAAAACUUAAAUGUGAAGAUAUAAGCAAACAAUCAUUGGGGUUUAGCUAGAGCUCUUGAUACCGUAAAUCAACUGGCAAUAAAUAAUGAAAUUUAGAGUGUAAUCUAAAUAAAUAUGAUAUUAGUUACCUAUAUAUAUAAGUGAUGAACCAUAGUAUGUUCAUAGAGGAAUUAUGAUAGACACAGCUAGAAACUUUUUACCUGUAAAAUUAAUUAAGAGAACAAUAGAUGCUUUGGUAAUUAAUAAAUUAAAUGUAUUGCAUUGGCAUAUUACAGAUGAUGAAAGUUUUCCAUUGCUUUUAAGUAAAUAUAGUUAAAUAACUAAUAAUUCUAAAUUUUGGAAGGAUGGGUUUUUUACAAAACAAGAUGUAUAAGAAAUUAUUGAAUAUGCUUCAAUCAGAGCAGUUCAGAUUAUACCUGAAGUAGACACACCAGCACAUGUUCAUUCUUGGGGUAUAUCUCCAGAUUUAUAAUCAAUUGUCAUAACAUGUGAUACGAAUAUCAAACAAUAUGGAUAAUUAGACCCCACUUUAGAUUAAACAUAUGAAGUCUUAACAUCUAUUCUAUAAGAUAUAGAUGAUAUGUUUCAUAAAGUAUAAUUCAUUCAUUUUGGUGGUGAUGAAGCUAGUAUUUAAUGUUUUGAAUAAAAACCAUCAAUUAAAGAAUUCAUGACAUAAAAUGGAAUUUCAAAUUAUUUUGAUCUUUAAGCAUAUUAUAGAAAAAAAUAAAAAGACAUUUGGAAAAAUUAAAUUAAAUCUCAAAAGAAAAUAAUUUAUUGGUAUAAUAAAAAAGAUUAGCUUCCAGCUGAUUAAGAUGACAUCAUUUAAUGGUGGGGUCUUUCUUCCUAGCUUAAUGAAGUGAAAGGCCGGUCCAAUUAAUUCAUACUAAGUGAUUACCAUCCCUUAUAUUUGGAUACUGGAGUUGGGAAUGCUUUUGGGGAUAGAUAUGAUAAAUAUUAAGGAUGGAAAGAUGUUUAUAAGUGGAACCCAAGUAUUCCACAUAAUUUUUAAGGAACUAUAUUGGGGGGUGAAAGUCUUCUUUGGGGUGAAACUAAUAACUAAAAUACUCACUUCUAAAAAUUAUUUUUAAGAUCUUCAAUUUUAGCUGACACGUAAAUAAAAUUUGUAUAAUAGUUUAUGGAACCCAGACUAAAAGCAAGAUGAAUUAUUUCCAAAAUUCGCAAAGAGAUUAAGUGACAUGGAGGAUAGAAUGAACAAAUAUGAUUUCCCUGUCUCUCCAUUUACUCAUAGUUAUUGUAAAAGACAACUAGAUUUAUGUUUUCCAGAGUCUUAUUCAACAAAAUUAAAAUUGUUCUUCAUGUUUGUUAUAGUUNUAAAAUUAUUGCUUCAUUAUCAUGAAUUAAUAACAUAUGAUGAGGAUUGUGAUUUUGAGGAAUCUAUUCAGAAUACUAAUAUAAAAAUUGAAGGAGCUUUGAAAUUUGAGAUUAGUAUAAAAAACUAAGAGCAAUUAUAUUGGGUUACAAGUACAAAUGAAGAAGCUUAUGAGCUGUAAAUAGAUGAAAACUUAAAUGUGAAGAUAUAAGCAAACAAUCAUUGGGGUUUAGCUAGAGCUCUUGAUACCGUAAAUCAACUGGCAAUAAAUAAUGAAAUUUAGAAUGUAAUCUAAAUAAAUAUGAUAUUAGUUACCUAUAUAUAUAAGUGAUGAACCAUAGUAUGUUCAUAGAGGAAUUAUGAUAGACACAGCUAGAAACUUUUUACCUGUAAAAUUAAUUAAGAGAACAAUAGAUGCUUUGGUAAUUAAUAAAUUAAAUGUAUUGCAUUGGCAUAUUACAGAUGAUGAAAGUUUUCCAUUGCUUUUAAGUAAAUAUAGUUAAAUAACUAAUAAUUCUAAAUUUUGGAAGGAUGGGUUUUUUACAAAACAAGAUGUAUAAGAAAUUAUUGAAUAUGCUUCAAUCAGAGCAGUUCAGAUUAUACCUGAAGUAGACACACCAGCACAUGUUCAUUCUUGGGGUAUAUCUCCAGAUUUAUAAUCAAUUGUCAUAACAUGUGAUACGAAUAUCAAACAAUAUGGAUAAUUAGACCCCACUUUAGAUUAAACAUAUGAAGUCUUAACAUCUAUUCUAUAAGAUAUAGAUGAUAUGUUUCAUAAAGUAUAAUUCAUUCAUUUUGGUGGUGAUGAAGCUAGUAUUUAAUGUUUUGAAUAAAAACCAUCAAUUAAAGAAUUCAUGACAUAAAAUGGAAUUUCAAAUUAUUUUGAUCUUUAAGCAUAUUAUAGAAAAAAAUAAAAAGACAUUUGGAAAAAUUAAAUUAAAUCUCAAAAGAAAAUAAUUUAUUGGUAUAAUAAAAAAGAUUAGCUUCCAGCUGAUUAAGAUGACAUCAUUUAAUGGUGGGGUCUUUCUUCCUAGCUUAAUGAAGUGAAAGGCCGGUCCAAUUAAUUCAUACUAAGUGAUUACCAUCCCUUAUAUUUGGAUACUGGAGUUGGGAAUGCUUUUGGGGAUAGAUAUGAUAAAUAUUAAGGAUGGAAAGAUGUUUAUAAGUGGAACCCAAGUAUUCCACAUAAUUUUUAAGGAACUAUAUUGGGGGGUGAAAGUCUUCUUUGGGGUGAAACUAAUAACUAAAAUACUCACUUCUAAAAAUUAUUUUUAAGAUCUUCAAUUUUAGCUGACACGUAAAUAAAAUUUGUAUAAUAGUUUAUGGAACCCAGACUAAAAGCAAGAUGAAUUAUUUCCAAAAUUCGCAAAGAGAUUAAGUGACAUGGAGGAUAGAAUGAACAAAUAUGAUUUCCCUGUCUCUCCAUUUACUCAUAGUUAUUGUAAAAGACAACUAGAUUUAUGUUUUCCAGAGUCUUAUUCAACAAAAUUAAAAUUGUUCUUCAUGUUUGUUAUAGUUUAUUUAAUAUGA